CAUAUUAACUACACAAUCGAUUACAUAAUGUCAUGAGGCGGAUUGUCAGCUCACUUGUAGAACCAACAUGUCAACCGAUCACAUGUAAAUCCACUGGUGUUAUAACAUUAGAAGCUAAAUAUUGAAGUUAGCUGUUUUCCACUCAACUCCUAAUUACAGAUGACAUCUAUCACAAACAAAGCGGCUCUGUGGUGUGCGCUAGUCCAUGUAGUACUGUCCCGUCCGGAUGGACUGCCAUGGCCUGACUCUUGUGAGUCUCUCAGUCCGGGUAACAACGUGCCCCCGCAGACCGGACCGAUGCCCUUCGAACUCUCUAUCGACGACAACAAGAUCACUUGGGACGGCUGCAUUUACAUCACCAUCAAAGGGCAGGAACCUGAACAGUUUGCCGGCUUCAUGGUCCAAGCCAGAGACAAUAAGACAGGAGCCGUGGUCGGCUACUUCAGAGAGGCCGAUGAUGUCAAACUCAUGAAUUGUUUUGGAAAACCGGAAAACACUGCCAUCAACAUAAAUUACUUACCAAAGGAUGAGGUGAUCAUGAGGUGGUUUCCUGACAACAGGUACACAGGGAUCGUCCACAUCUAUGCUACCAUUGCAAAGGACUACAUGGAACAGGUUUAUUGGUUGAAGCAAAGGACGAAACCUAUUAAAGUGAUAAGGAGUAAAGAUGUAUUUUAUGAGUAGAACUGCUGUAAACUGGAGUUGCAAUACAGUCAAUAGUGCUUUCAUACUUCAACAUUUAUGUCUCAAUCGUCAUAUAGAUGA